AUGGCAAUGUUUGUUUGUAAAUUGGUUGUAUAUUUCGCUUUUACAUUGAUUAAUGGAGCUCAAGUAUUUCAUGAAGGUAAAGAGAAAUUAAUUAAUAAAAACAUGUUAAACACCAAAUUUUUUGUAUUUCUGUGUAUGACAUUAUUUUGCGCAACAAGAGUAGUUUUUUCUGCUCUAUUUAUUGCUUAUCCAGAUAAUUGGCAAGUUGGUACAGUGUUUUAUUUUUUCUUUUCAUGGGGAAUUUGGUUCGUUUUUGUUAGUUGGUCUUUUUUAGGUUCAUUAUGGUUACAACUCUUAUACCAAUUUUUUAUAUCUAAAGAAAUUAGAACUAGAAGUACAAAAAAGAUUUAUAUAUUUUCAUUUUCAAUUGUAACAAUUUAUUUCUGUUGGCAAGUUCCAAUUUCAAUUUUAUUUUUAAUGGAUGAUACUCUUGCAAUUCUUGAAGCGAUUGGAAUGUUAGUAUUUUUAGCAAUAUUUUUUUCAUCCCAAAUUAUUUUUGGUUCAAUUUUAGUAAAAAGAAUGAAACUAUCAUCUAAAACUUCAAAAUAUCAAGAAAGUUAUAAACAAAUGAUUUAUAAAUCAAAAUUAUUAGUUUAUACAAUUAUAAUUUGUAUUAUAGUGGUUUUAGCUCAAGAUAUUGUAAUUAACUUUUUUGAACCAAGAGAUCCUGAACCUUAUAGAGAUAUGAUAAUUUCAAAUUUUCUUACAGGAAUAUGUGAUACUUCUCAAAUGAUUGUAAUAAUGUAUGUAUUAGGAAACUCAUUUUGGGAUUAUAUAUUUUUAAGAGCAAUAAAAAAAAUAAGGAAAGAUGAUUCAUCUGAUUUUACAAAAGAAACAAAAUCAAAUUCCAAGAACAGUAAAAAUAUAUCAAAUAAAUUAGAAAAACUUUCAAAUAAUAUCACUGAUUCCAAUAAUAGUAAUAUAGAAAAAAGUGAUUCUACAAUUUCAAAAGAAGGAGAUAUUUGA